UAUAUUUUGUAAAUAAUGACAUUUAUAGUACAUGAUAAUUUUAGUUUUGUUUCCUCGAUUUUUUUUGUUCUCAUUAUCAUUAAAGUGUUAUUCAAUGAUAUUGUCAAUUCAGAAAAUUUUGAUCCAUCAAUGAGAGUGUACAACAUUGGCGUUUUAAUGGCAUCGCAUUUGGAUAGUCCUUUUGAUUUGGAAAGAUGUGGUCCAGCUGUAGAUUUGGCAUUAACAGAAGUUAAUGAAUUUUUAGCUCUACAUAAUGUUCAAUUGCAAAAAGUUCAAGGAAGUUAUCCAUCAUGCAGCGGUGCUCGAGCUCCAGGUUUAGCAACAGAUAUGCAUUUUCGAGAUAGUGUAAUUGCAUUCGUUGGACCUGCAUGUGCUUUCGCUUUGGAGCCAGUUGCUAGAUUAGCUGCUUAUUGGAAUACGCCCAUUAUCACCGGGAUGGGAGAUCAGCCACCAUCAGAAGGUGAAUUAUCCGUUACGUCAGGAAUUCUUGGAAAGAAAUGGAAAAAUGAUUCGGGUAUUUUCAAAGAUAAAAGUAAAUAUCCAACAUUGACGAGAAUGUCAUAUUGCCAAUGUCGUUUGAAACUUGUAUUUUCGAGUAUUUUUAAAGAAUUUGGCUGGUCACAUGUCGCACUUCUUUUGGAUAGAUCGGAUUUAUUUUCAUUGACAGUAGGAAAAAAUUUAGAAUAUGGUUUAAGAAAAGAGGGUUUACUCAAAUUUGUCAGAGAACUCGAUGGAAAUUCUGACGAAGAACCAUAUCAUCUUUAUUUACGUGAUGCCAGUAUGUACGCGAGAGUGGUAAUCUUGAGUGUUCGUGGGAUUCUCGUAAGAAAAUUUAUGUUAGCUGCUCAUGCGUUGGGUAUGACACGAGGAGAAUGGACUUUCUUGGAUGUUGAAAUAUUUCAGGGUUCUUAUUGGAGUGAUCAUGAUUGGGAAAUAGGGGACAGUGAAGAUUCAACUGCUAGGAAAGCAUAUGAAGCUCUUUUGAGAGUGUCUCUUCUUCAGCCAACAAGUCCUAGAUUUCAAGAUUUUGCUGAUGAUGUGAGAUUAAGAGCACUAAGCGAUUAUAAUUACACAUUCUCUGACGGCGAAGAAGUAAACUUCUUUAUCGGAGCAUUUUACGAUGGAGUUUACUUGCUUGGAAUUGCAUUGAACGAAACAUUAACUGAAGGUGGAGAUAUAAGAGAUGGAAUUGCCAUCACUAGAAGAAUGUGGAAUAGAAAUUUUAUUGGUAUUACUGGUCACGUUAGAAUCGAUGAUAAUGGAGAUCGUGAUGCUGACUAUAGUAUUUUGGAUUUGGAUCCAAUAACCGGAAGAUUUGAAGUAGUGGCUCAUUAUUUAGGACUUAAUCGUGAAUAUAAUCCUGUUUAUGGGAAAAAAAUACAUUGGCCUGGAGGUCAAGAAGGUCCACCAGCAGAUAUUCCAGAGUGUGGAUUUUUAGGAAACGAUGCUUCAUGUACUUUUAAAUCAGAAACAUACACUUUUGUUGCUUAUUCUAGUAUUGCUCUAGCAAUAUUUUUAUUUGCCACAAUAACUGCUGCCUGCGUUUUAUACAGGCACCUCAGGCUUUCAGCUGAUUUAAAUAAUAUGUCUUGGCGAAUUAGGCCUGAAGAAUUACUUAUAGAAGUUGGAAGACCAUUUUCUUCAAAAAUCAAUUUACAUCAAGCCUUAUCUGACAAUUAUGGACUUGAACAACGAAUGCGUCGAGGUUCUCAAGCCAGUUGUGGUUCUUUACCGCCAACGACUGUUUUCACUACAAUUGGCAUUUAUAAAGGCGAAAGAGUUGCAAUUAAAAAAAUUUCUAAAAAAAAAGUUGUCGAUGUGACAAAAAAAUUAUUAUGGGAACUCAAACAAGUUCGUGACAUUACUUCUGAAAAUACUGUAAGGUUUGUAGGUGCAUGUCUUUGUUCUCCUUCGCCAACGGUCUUAAUUCUCACGGAAUAUUGUCCAAAAGGAUCACUAAAGGAUGUUCUUGAAAAUGAGGCCAUAAAGCUCGAUUGGAACUUCAGGAUGUCACUAAUCCACGACAUCGUCAAGGGAAUGGCGUAUCUUCACGCAAGUGAAGUGUCAACACAUGGAAAAUUGCGCUCCUGUAAUUGUCUCAUUGAUGGACGAUUUGUUUUGAAAAUUUCGGAUUUUGGUCUCAAGACUCUUACAACACCAUCAGAUUUAAUUAUGGAUGAAACUUAUUAUACAAAAUUACUUUGGAUUGCACCGGAAUUAUUACCAUUGACAAUUAUGCCUGGAAGUACAGCGACUCAAAAAGGUGAUGUUUAUAGUUUUGGCAUUAUUCUAGAAGAAAUUGUUGUCAGAGGAGGUCCAUAUGAGGCAGCAAGAACUUAUAUGACAUCACAAGAGAUAAUAAGCCAUGUGAUAGCUUGCGAAACACCUGCAUUUAGACCUGAGGUAACACCAAGAGAUUGUCCUGCUGAUAUUUUAUCCUUGAUGGAAAAAUGUUGGAACGAAAUACCAGAUGAAAGACCGUCUUUUCACACUAUACGUGGGACAAUUAGAGGAAUAAUGAAAGGAUAUUGUGAAAAUUUAAUGGAUGAUUUAUUGAGAAGAAUGGAGCAAUAUGCAAAUAAUUUAGAAGCUUUAGUAGAAGAAAAAACGGAGCAAUUGAGUUUAGAAAAACGUCGAAGUGAAGAGCUACUCUAUCAAGUGUUGCCUAGACAAGUGGCUUGUCAACUUAUGGCAGGAGAAUUAGUACAACCGGAACAAUUUGAAUGUGUUACAAUUUAUUUUAGUGAUAUUGUAGGAUUUACAGCAUUAUGUGCCGAAAGUACUCCAAUGGAAGUUGUUGACUUUUUGAAUGACUUGUACAGUACUUUUGAUCGAAUAAUUGAAUACUACGAUGUUUAUAAGGUGGAAACGAUAGGAGAUGCGUAUAUGGUGGUAUCAGGACUUCCAGAAAGAAAUGGAGAUGAGCAUGCAAAAGAAAUUGGUCUAAUGGCUCUAGCAAUUUUGGAUGCUGUUCAAUCAUUUACAAUAGCUCAUAAACCAGAUUCUCAAUUAAGUGUGAGAAUUGGAGUUCACAGUGGUCCAGUUUGUGCAGGAGUUGUUGGUCAAAAAAUGCCACAUUAUUGUUUAUUUGGCGACACUGUGAAUACAGCGUCUCGAAUGGAAUCUUCUGGUCUUCCUCUAAAAAUUCAUGUAUCAGGAGCAACAAAAAAUAUUCUCGAUAAAUAUGGAACGUUUGUUUUGGAAUUAAGAGGUGACGUUGAAUUAAAGGGCAAAGGAAGAAUGACAUCUUAUUGGUUAACUGGUUGUUCUGAACCCGAUCCCAGACCACCUACUCCAAAGCACCCAAGGCACAGUACAAGUCCACUAGAGAGUAGUACAUUUAAUCCUUUAAUUUUUCCACAAAAUCUCAUUAAUGGACCAAAAACAAAUAAUAAUACUUUUAUCAAUUUAUCAGAAUUGUAGGACAAAAUAGUUACCUUACAUAUAGAAAAAAAAAUUGACGUUUUUAAAGUAUUUUUGAAGGAAAAAAUAAUUGUCGAAAAUAUUUAAUGUUAAUUAUAUAAGAGAAUUUUUUUAUUUUUAAGAUUUUUUUUUUUUCGUUUAUAAAUAUAAACUAGGAAAUGUAUUAAAACUUGUAUUAUAUAAAGAGUCGAUUUUUUU